GAAACGUCAUUGGGCGGAGUUUCACUAGACGUAUUAAAGCGUAUCCGAGCGCUCUUUUCUGUCCUGUAGAGAGAACCACGUGUGACUGAACGGUUAUAACCUGCGCAACUCUCUCAGUUAAGAACUUUACAGUAAAAACAACAUUCAGUCAUGGUGAAGCUUGCCAAGGCAACUAAAAAAACGCCUUUGAAGAAAAAGGCACCUCCACCUCCCAAAGAAGUGGAAGAGGAAUCCAAUGAGGAGGACACUGAUGAUGAAGAGCAGGCACCACCGGUCAAAGCUGCAGCAAAGAAGAAUGCAGCUCCAGUAAAGGCAGUAAAAAAUGGAAAAGCCGCCGCCAAACAGGAGGAUGAUGAUGAUGAUGACGACGACGAUGAAGAAUCUGAAGAGGAAGCUCCUCCUCCAAAGAAGACCAUGCCUGCUAAAGCAGCACCCACUGCCAAGGCAACCCCUGCCAAGAAAGCAGCACCUGCUGAGGAGUCUAGUGAUGAUGGUAUGAAAACUCUGAGGCAGAAUAAUGAAUCGGAAGAAGAGGCACCACCACCCAAGAAGGGUGCACCUGCAAAAGCCACACCGGCGAAGAAAGCCACUCCUGCGAAGAAAGCUGCUUCUGCUGAGGAGUCAGACAGCGAUGAUGAUGAAUCUGAAGAGGAAGAAGCUCCACCUCCUAAAAAGGCUGCAGCCGCUAAACCUGCAGGCAAAGUGCUUGCCGCAAAAGCACCCGCAGCCAAAGAGGAAUCGGAUGAUGACGAUGAUGAUGACGAUGAUGAAGAAGAGGAAAUGGACACGACUCCUGCGCCCAAAGCCUCUGCCAAAAAGGCAGGAAUGGUGAAAGCAAAAGAGGAAUCUGAAGAUGACGACGACGACGAUGACGACGACGACGAGGAACAAGAAACCCCUGUCACUCCAGGGAAGAGGAAGGCAGAGACUAAAAAAGAGAAGGGAACACCACCAGCUAAGAAAGUUAAAACUGAUGGCGAGGGUUUCAGUGUCUUUUUGGGCAACUUGAACCAAAAUAAAGACUUUGAUGAACUUAAAUCUGCAAUCUCCAAGUUCUUCUCAAAGGAAGGCCUUGAAAUUCAGGACGUGCGACUUGGUGGGACCAAGAAAUUUGGCUACGUUGACUUUUCAUCAGAAGAAGAGUUGCAGAAGGCUUUAGAGCUCAAUGGCAAGAAGCUGAUGGGUCUGCCGCUGAAACUCGACAGGGCGAGAAGCAAGGAGAACUCCCAGGAAAACAAAAAGGAGAGAGAUUCACGCACUUUGUUUGUAAAGAACCUUCCGUACUCCAUAACACAAGAUGAACUGAGGGAAGUCUUUGACCAGGCUGUUGAUAUUAGAGUACCAAUGGGCAACAACGGUUCUAGCCGAGGAAUCGCCUACGUUGAGUUCAAGACAGAGGAAAUUGCUGAGAAGAUGCUGGAGGAGGCACAAGGAGCAGAUGUUCAGGGCCGUUCUAUCAUGGUUGACUUCACAGGAGAAAAGAGUCGGCAGGGCGGGAGAUCCCAUUCAGCCCCUAGUUCUACAAGCAAAGUCCUUGUCGUGAACAAUCUAUCAUUCAACGCAACUGAAGAUUCCCUCCAGAGUGUGUUUGAGAAGGCAGUGUCCAUCAGAAUACCACAGAACAACGGCAGGGCGAAGGGAUUUGCAUUUUUGGAGUUUGAGAGCAUGGAGGAUGCCAAGGAGGCACUGGAGAAUUGUAACAACACAGACAUUGAAGGCAGAAGCAUCAGAUUAGAGUACAGUCAGAACGAGAGAGAGCGAGGCGGUGGAAGAGGAAACUCUGGACCUACAAAAACCCUGUUUGUCAAAGGUCUGUCAGAAGAGACCACAGAUCAGACUCUGAAAGAUUCUUUUGAAGGCGCCGUCGCUGCCAGAGUUGCCAUGGACAGAGAAACCGGAUCGUCAAAAGGUUUUGGUUUCGUAGACUUCGAUAGUGAAGAAGACUGCAAGGCAGCCAAAGAAGCCAUGGAUGAUGGAGAGAUUGAUGGAAGCAAGGUCACUCUGGACUAUGCUAAGCCCAAGGGAGAGGGCGGCCGAGGGGGUGGUUUCGGAGGCAGAGGUGGUUUUGGAGGACGAGGUGGCGGACGGGGUGGUUUCGGUGGCCGAGGAGGCGGUAGAGGAGGCGGCUUCAGGGGAGGACGAGGAGGAAGGGGUGGUGGCUUCAGAGGAGGGAGAGGCGGUGGACGAGGUGGAUUUGGGGACAGGCCACAAGGAAAGAAGACUAAGUUUGAUUAAAUCUGUAAUUGAAUGAACUGUUUUCAUUGCUUAAGUCCACUUUGUCAGAGCAUUUCUAGGACAUUCCAGAAAGCAUCAGUAACUGUACAGUGACUCCCAAUCCCUCUGAGACGUCCCGACCAUCCGCGUAAAAAUUAAAUGUGAAUGUUGUAAUUAUGCUCUGCUGGUUUAGGUACAUGUUGUACAAGUUUGUUUUUGACUUCUUUUGUUGGUGUGCGUUUCUCCACUCGUUAAACCUCCCCCUUUUUUUUUUUUUUUUUUUUUCUCCUUUUCCUUUUUUUUCUUUUAGUUUCCUUUUUAGGUGCAAGUUUAAUGUGCAGUACCUUUUUAAUGUGCAAAGCAUAUUGUAACGUAUACAUAAGUUUGUUGCCUAUUUAGUAGUAUUUAGAUGUAAAUCUAUAAGAAAGGUUUGAAUAAUGAAGACAGGCAACAGCUCUGUGAGGAUGUCAAAUUUAUGUAUGCAUUAAAUUUGGCUUGUGACUUAAGGAUUUUUCUUUUUCCAGUUCAUAUUUUUCAUAAUGUAAAGAACCAUUUUGAUUAAAUGUGGUUUUUAAACUA